CCCCGCGUUGAGUUGCCCUGGGCCUUCUCAAAUCUCUCUCUCUCUCUCACCCAGACCCUCCUUCCGCAGUCCGCACCAACCUCACAGAAACCCUAAACCUCGCAAGCUGGGGCCAUGCCGAAGGUCUACGGCACCGGAGUCUUCGAGUUCCGGCACCCCCGCGCCGCCGAGUACCCGCUCCCCGCCGAGGUCUCCACCUCAGCGGCACCUGACAGGACCCCCGCCUCCACUGGCGUCUCCAUUACGCUCCUCGACAUCCAGCGCGACCGCCUCACCCGCGCUGCCGCGGAGCACUGGGGCUCGCCAGCAGCCGCCGCCGCCUUCGAUGCUGACCUCGUAAGGGAGAUCUACGCCACUGAGCUCCGUGUGGAGGGCCGCGGUCGCAAGACGGUCCCGCUUCACCGUGUCAUGAUCCUCGAGGUCAGCCAGUACCUCGAGAACUACCUUUGGCCACACUUCGAUCCAGACGACGCGUCCUUUGAGCACGUCAUGUCCAUGAUCCUCAUGGUGAACGAACAGUUUCGAGAGAAUGUGGCGGCAUGGACAUCCUUCCAUGGCCGGAAGGACGCGUUCAAAGGCUUCCUAUGGCGCGUUCUCAAGCUAAAGGAAGAGGAUAGGGAUGUUAGUAUGGCAGAGAAGACAAACUACCUCUUGUUUAUGAUAAACGCAUUUCAGAGUUUGGAGGAUGAAAUUGUCCGGGAGACUAUUCUCCAGGCAGUAAGCUUAAAGUUGUGGCAUACUCUUUCUUUUGGACGACUUCAGAUGGAGCUUUGCCUUAAUCCUGAAUUGAUUAAGAAGUGGACAAAAAUUAAAAGAAAAGAAGCAAAGGAAGGGAAAAAGGCUGGGAAAACUGGUAAUUCUUCAGAAAUGCUCGAGAAUAAAUUCCUUAGGAACCUAAUGGAAGAAUUCCUGGAGAUUCUUGAUUCAAAGGUCAUAUUAUCUAGUCAAGAUGGUGGAGAAGAAUCUGUCUUUAAUGAAUCCCUUAGUGGGCAGGUUGAUGAUUCUAGUGUCUUGUAUUGUGAAAGAUUCAUGGAAUUUCUGAUUGAUAUGUUGAGCCAGCUUCCUACGAGAAGAUUUCUAAGGCCGCUUAUCGCUGAUGUUGCUGUUGUUGCCAAGUGCCACUUAAGCAUGCUUUAUGCUCAUGAAAAGGGGCGUCUUUUUGCACAAUUGGUGGACUUACUUCAGUUCUAUGAAGGCUUUGAGAUUAACGAUCAUUCUGGGACACAGCUUAGUGAUGAUGAUGUCUUGCAAGCUCACUAUUCUCGUUUCCAAGCUUUUCAGCUGCUAGCAUUCAAACAAGUGCCUAAGUUGCGAGACCUUGCCUUGUGUAAUAUUGGUUCAAUCCAUAAGCGUGCUGAUUUAACAAAGAAGCUGCUUGUCUUGUCAGAUAUGGAACUGCAAGAUCUGGUUUGCAAUAAGCUUAAAAUAAUUUCAGAGAAGGAUCCAUGGACUGGAAGGCGUGAUUUCCUUAUCGAGGUCCUAGUUGCUUUUUUUGAGAAGCGUCAAUCCCAGAAAGAUGCAGUUAAUGCACUUCCUCUUUAUCCAAAUGAACAGAUCAUGUGGGAUGAGAGCCUUGUUCCUAGCAUCAAUUAUUCUGGAGAAGGCUGUCUUGCCCUCCCAAAACUCAAUCUCCAAUUUCUGACACUUCAUGAUUAUUUGCUGAGGAAUUUUAAUCUCUUUCGUCUUGAAUCAACAUAUGAAAUUCGUGAAGAUAUUCAGGAAGCUGUUCCUCAUCUACAUGCUUACAUCAACAAUGAGGGGGACACUUCCUUUCGUGGAUGGUCCAGGAUGGCUGUUCCAAUCAAAGAAUUUAGGAUCACACAAGUGAAGCAACCAAACAUUGGAGAGGUUAAGCCUUCUGCUGUAACUGCUGAUGUUACUUUUAGCAUAUCAAGCUACAGAUCACAGAUAAAAUCUGAGUGGGAUGCUCUGAAAGAGCAUGAUGUGUUGUUUUUGUUGUCAAUCCGCCCAUCUUUUGAACCUCUUAGCCCCGAGGAGGCUGCAAAAUCAACUGUGCCUGAAAGGUUAGGAUUGCAACAUGUACGUGGUUGUGAGGUGAUUGAAAUCCGUGAUGAGGAAGGGGGACUCAUGAAUGACUAUACAGGAAGGGUAAAGAAGGAUGAGUGGAAACCUCCAAAGGGUGAGAUUCGUACAGUUAAAAUUGCCUUAGAUACAGCACAGUAUCACAUUGAUGCUUCUGAGUUAGCAGAGAAGGGUGCAGAAAAUGUUUAUGGGACAUUUAAUAUUCUAAUGAGAAGGAAACCCAAGGAAAAUAAUUUCAAAGCAAUCCUAGAAUCCAUACGUGAUCUAAUGAAUGAAACAUGUGUAGUUCCUGAAUGGUUGCAUAACAUAUUCUUGGGUUAUGGAAAUCCUUCUGCCGCACAGUGGAUAAAUAUGCCUGAUCUUCUGGAAACUAUAGAUUUUAAGGACACUUUUCUUGAUGCUAGCCACGUUGUGCAAAGCUUUCCAGCUUUCCAGGUCACAUUCAUCAAUACUGAUGGUACAGAAAACAUGCAUCCAAGCCCUCCCUUUAGGAUCAAGUUGUCCAAGAAAAUGAGGGAAAUAAGUCAUGCUCUACCCGGCAAUGUAAAUGCCUCUGAUACCGCAAGCAAGAACAACAUGGUUGAUGAUGAAGGGUCUCAGAAAGAAAAACUAAAGGUGGAGACUUACAUUCCUGCUGACCCAGUGCCAUAUCCUCAAGAUAAACCUAACCAGAACUCAGUGAGGUUUACACCCACUCAGGUCGGCGCUAUAAUAUCUGGUAUUCAACCUGGGUUGACGAUGGUUGUUGGUCCUCCUGGAACGGGAAAAACAGAUACAGCUGUGCAGAUAUUAAAUGUUCUAUAUCAUAACUGUCCUUCACAAAGAACACUUAUUAUAACCCAUUCGAAUCAAGCUUUGAAUGAUUUGUUCGAGAAGAUAAUGCAGAAGGAUGUGCCUGCUAGGUACCUUCUUCGUCUUGGUCAGGGUGAGCAAGAACUGGCAACUGAUCUUGAUUUUAGCCGUCAAGGUCGUGUAAAUGCUAUGCUGGUUCGGCGACUAGAGCUGCUUGGUGAAGUUGCAAAACUGGCAAGAUCCCUUCAUCUUCCUGAAGAUGUGAGCUACACAUGUGAAAAUGCUGCAUAUUUUUGGUUAUUACAUGUUUAUGCCCGCUGGGAACAAUUCUUGGCUGCCUGUGUGCCAAAUAAGGAGAAUCCCUCUUUUGUUAAAGACCGUUUUCCAUUUUCCGAGUUCUUUUCGGAUACCCAACAGCCUGUGUUUACUGGUGAGUCCUUUGAGAAAGAUAUGGAUGCAGCCAAAGGAUGUUUCAAACAUCUUUCUACGAUAUUCCAAGAGCUGGAAGAGUGCAGGGCUUUUGAGUUACUGAAGUCAACAGCUGAGCGAGCAAAUUAUCUAAUGACUAAACAAGCUAAGAUUGUUGCCAUGACUUGUACUCAUGCAGCAUUGAAGAGAAGAGACUUUCUUCAAUUGGGUUUCAAAUAUGACAAUUUACUGAUGGAAGAAAGUGCACAGAUAUUGGAGAUAGAGACUUUUAUACCAACUCUCCUGCAACGGCAGGAAGAUGGCUAUGCUCGUCUCAAACGUUGCAUUUUAAUUGGUGAUCACCAUCAGUUACCCCCUGUCGUGAAGAACAUGGCUUUUCAGAAGUACAGCCACAUGGACCAGAGUCUCUUCACAAGGUUUGUUCGCCUUGGUGUCCCUUAUAUUGAACUCAAUGCUCAGGGUCGUGCCAGACCUAGUAUUGCUCAGCUUUAUAAUUGGAGAUACAGAGAACUGGGAGAUCUGCCUUAUGUACAUGAGGAAGCUAUAUUCCAUAAAGCUAAUUCUGGGUUCUCUUACGAGUAUCAGCUGGUUGAUGUUCCUGAUUAUCGUGGCAGAGGCGAGUCUGCUCCUUCUCCUUGGUUCUACCAGAAUGAAGGGGAGGCUGAGUAUAUUGUUAGUGUCUAUAUUUACAUGCGUCUGAUUGGAUACCCUGCCAAUAAGAUUUCAAUAUUAACCACUUACAAUGGUCAGAAGCUUCUUAUUCGUGAUGUUAUCAGCAGACGAUGCAAGCCAUGGAAUAUUGAGCCACCUU